AGAGAGGAGGAGGAGGGGAAACAAGGGCAGAGAGGGAAACAGGAACAGAAAGUGAAGACUUGUCAAGAUGUCUGGGUGAGUGGGACCAGAACAGAGCAGAAGCCAGAUGCCAAAAACAGAAACAACAGAAGUUUGAGCAGCUGACUGGAUUAGACAGGAGGGGCGAGCUGACCUGCCACUUCACAUGUGCCUACGGGGACACGCCCAAAUUGAACCACGUCUCUACAAAACUAAACUGAAAGCCAAAAGGGCAAAAGGACAAGAGGAGGCUCUAGAAGACAAAGAGAACGAAAACAGUUUGUGGAAUGCCAAGCAGCAUAAACAAACUUGGCUUAAGUGCGGAUUUUGGCUUUUUCAUCUUGCAUCGAGAUCAUCUCAACUGGGCGAUUUCAAAGAAAACCUUGUUAUAAACAAAUGAGCUUUUGGUCUUUUGGAUCUGUUUAAAGAAUGCUUUGGCUUUGUGACCACCUCACAGGGGCACUUCAAGGAAGGAGGCAUACAUGAAGUCACCCUUCAUGCUUCCAGUGUUUCCAUUUAACGUAAACAACACAAGCCUGAGCGCAGACACAAGCCUCAUCAGAUAGAGCUGUAAACUCUGAUCUUUAGACGUAGAAAACAGGAGCAAAGUUCAAGUCAUCAAAAGUAUCUGACUUGACAGCUGUGGGGUCGGUGGAUGUCUGAGGUUUUAUUGAGAGUAAAACUUCAUAUCUUACUUUAAAGCUGGAACCAGAUUACGUAGAAAGAACCUUCAUCUUAAAUUAACACCACAUCUUAAUUAUCCGUGUGUCUCCAGCUGCCUAAUAUGCACAUUAACUGACUUGCAAACUUCACAACCCUCUAAAGGAUUUAUUAAAACUUUACAACUGCCAGACAGACUCAAUUAAAAGGAGUCACAGCUCCGUAUCUGGAAGCCAUGGAUGGGAGAACAGACAGCAUCCAGGAUUUUUUCAACCAACUAUGGAGCUUUGCUACAGAGAAACACAACCAGGGGGUCUACAACACCGUCUGCCUGGUGGUCCUCCUAACUCUUCCCCUGCUGGUGCUCCUCACCACGUUGGUGGUGUGCUGCCACUGCUGCUGCUGUCGCCAUGCCAACAGCUGCUGUUGCUGCUGCGGCUUCAGAGGCUCCAUGGCAACCGCAAGGUCAGAAACGAAGAAGAGAAAGAAUUCGACCGAAGACUUGUGGAUCUCUGUCAAGACGGGGCCGAUGACGCCUGACAGGGUCGCCCUGGCCAUGGUGUAGGAAUCCAUUUUUUAUUUUAUUUUGAGAUUUCUGAUCCAGGGCCAGUUGGUGCAGCGGAGCUGAUGGAGCGUCUCAAAAGUGUAGAACUCAAUCCAGCUUCAAAAGACAUUGUUCAAACUAAAGCUGGGCAUACACUGUACGGUUUUAGAAAUGCUGUUGUGUAAUUCUUACUCCUGCUGUACGAGUAAAUUGUUUGCGAAGUAAAGCCAAAGCUCACGACUUAUGAGCUCACACUGUACGGGUGAAAUAGAAAAAAAACACGGCAGUCGGUCCCUGAGGGCCGUUCUGGCUGUUGACAGUUGUCAAUAAAGAUUUGUUUGAAAGCUCCGAGGCAGGUAAAGUUUGUUUGCAAGCAGAGGCCUGUACGGGUCACAAUAAGGCUAAUUAGCUGAUCAUCUGUGCCAUUCUGUCGGCUGAAACGUCUAAAAAAAAGACGGCAUAUACAGUAUGGACUCGCAGGUGGCGAGGAAGAUGUGGACAGUAUGGCCAGGCCAUUUUGCAGAGACAAUUGGGGGUAAGCUAGCUACGUUUUACUAUAUCUAAUGUACAUUGUUAUCUUGAUAGCUACGCUCUGAUUACUGUAAAAAAAAAAAAUGCAGAAAAAAGGCACUGACGUUGGGGAAUCGGCUCGUGGCUCUACUUCAACUGUGCGAGAGCCUGUGGACGGCCGACCAAAAUUGUGUCAGAAAUUCAUCCGACUGUCCGACGGCCGGUUAAUCAGUCCUCGAUCCCCCCCUGUACACUGCAAGGCAAAGUUGUACGGCUCAAAAUUCAGGCCAGAAACGGGCUAAAAUCGUAGAGUGUAUGUCCAUCUUAAUGGGAAGGACCUCACAUUUUAAUGGGCACAGAUUUGGUUGAGAUAUGUAAACAAUGUAUAGAUUCUUAGCAUUUUGUAUUCAUAUAAUGUCUUGUGGAGAACGUUUACAACAUUUUGUAUGAGCUUUUUAGUGUGUGGUACAUAAAGGAAGAAAUAUGCGGAGGCAUAUACAUACCUGCAAGUGUGUGUGUGUGUGCGUGUGUGUGCGUGUGUGUGUGUGUGUGUAUGUGUGUGUGUUUGUGAGAGAGAAAGAGAGAGAAAGAGAAGUACGGUGUUAUUGAGAGCACUUUGUUCUUAGAGCUCCCAUGCGAAAUUCAAUGCGUCUGUAUUGGGAGAGAGAGCCAAUUUAAGGUCUGCCCAGCGUUCAGAUGGCUGUAAUGCUGCCUAUUACUUCUCAGGCUGCAAUCUAGACUCAUGAUAGACUCUCACUUUCUAAAAAAAAAAAAAAACACUGAUGUCCAAGAAGUUUAGAAGAAAACUACAACUUUGAUUUCUUUCCUCCUUUCUUACUUUAUUUUCUUAUAUGAUACAGUGUAGGCCACAGGAGAGACACUUCUCCUAGUUUCGGUAUUUGAAUGUCGCAGUAUUCAGGUCAAGUGAGCCUUAAAGGCACAAUUCAUUAUGUAAGGAAAAACACCAAAAAGUAAAAAAA